AUGAUGACGCCAGACGCGGGCAACGCUAUGCAUGCCACGUCGUCCUCGGUCAGCAGCUACCCAACGUACACUCCGCCGCCUCCGCUUCCCUCACGGGAUUCCGUGAGAAACACCCCCUUCACGGCCAUGCGACGAACGUUUCACGAUGAAUGUGACGAGGUGCUUAGAUUAAUUCGUGCAGAUGCCGUGACGAGGUCUGCGUCGGAAAAAUCGGGUGGCACCAUGUGUGUGUCACGCAGCGCAACGCAUGAAAAGUACAGAGCGAUCCUUGAUGAAGUGGAGCACCUCAACAGAUUACUGGAGGUGACCGUUGAGGAACGGAAUGACUUGGAGGGGGAGCUGCAGGGAAAGUUACGGCAGAUGGAAGCGGCGCUUCGUGAGCGGGACAGGGAGCUACAGGAGAAGAACGAGGAACUGCUGCAUCUGCGCAGCCUCAUGGAAGAUCUGAGGACGGAACUGGAGGCAUUCCACCGCACGCAGCACAUGGAGACGCCCACCAUCCACGCAGUGGCGCGCAACAGCAGCUAUAGCAAUGGCAAUGACAGCGACGCUGUCGCUAGGCGUGAUGUGGGCGGAGUCCCAAAGACGGGUGCAGAUGCCGCAUCAAGAGAGCGGAUAGCAACUGUGGUGGAUUGUCUUGCACAGAGCUCAUUGGAAUGGGUCAAGUUCCUGUUGAGGUGGUGCUUUUCCAUGGAUGAAGGAGUUGAUGGGAAGUUGGCGCAUUUGCUAAACCUGCUGAAUGAAUUGGAAAAGCGUGGCACUAAGCCAGACCCGGAUGCCCUUACAGUGCAGUCACUGUGCACCCAAGUGUCCAAGAGUCUGAUGGAGGUCACUGCGAGAGUUUCUCAUGGGCGGCGCCAGUUGGACUCCAACACGUCGGAUCUGCAAACUGCGACGGGGCAUUGUGUUUCAGUUGAGCAGGAAGAGCUCCAGCGACGGUUUACUGGGUUGGAGGCAGAGCGAGAUGCCCUUUGGCAGGAGACAAAUUUCAUCGCGGAAGAAAACGUUCAGCUGCUGCGUGAAUUGAAAUCACGAGAAGUUCCUUCAUCCGGAGCAUCGUCGCCCUCAGCGAACACGGGUAGCUUGGAGGUUCCAAACUCCACGUUGAUGGCGGAGCGGAAGCGACAGGCCGACUUCAUCCAUGAGCUUCGACUGCAAGUGAAGAAACUGGAGGGGGAAAAGAACGCAUUACAUGCUAAAUUUGUCCAACAGGCAGAGUUACUGAAGCGGUAUGAGCGUGUUCUGCAUUUUCUCUCGCGGCAUGAGCGAGGAGACAAAACUAACAGCAGUGGGGACGAUGGCAGUGGCAGUAAUAGUUAG